UCUGCAUACAAACGUUGGAAUAGUUUUUUACGAAGAUUUCUAUACUCGUUACUUCCACAAGUCAACAAGAUACAAUUAAGAUGAGUUUUGACGAUUAUGAUGUCGCUGCCUUGGUUAUUGACAACGGAUCAGGGAUGUGCAAGGCCGGGUUUGCUGGUGAUGAUGCACCAAGAGCGGUGUUUCCCGCUCUUACUGGAAGACCAAAAUAUCAGGCUGUAAUGGCUGGUAUGGGCCAGAAAGAUUGCUAUGUAGGAGAUGAAGCCCAGAGUAAAAGAGGAAUGUUGUCGUUGAGAUACCCAGUAGAACAUGGAAUAGUUACUAAUUGGGAUGAUAUGGAGAAAAUCUGGCAUCACACAUUUUAUAAUGAAUUAAGAGUUGCACCAGAAGAACAUCCAGUUUUACUAACCGAGGCACCCCUUAAUCCUAAGGCAAAUAGAGAAAAGAUGACGCAGAUUAUGUUCGAGUCUUUCAAUGCACCCGCCUUUUAUGUUGGAAUUCAAGCGGUCCUGUCGCUUUAUGCAUCUGGUCGAACUACAGGAGUAGUAUAUGAUUCUGGUGAUGGCGUUUCUCACGUUGUACCUAUCUACGAAGGCUAUGCUUUACCACAUGCCAUUAAAAGAAUAGAUUUAGCUGGACGAGAUUUAACAGCCUAUUUACAACGUAUUCUACAUGAACGUGGAUAUAGCUUCACCACUGGAUCCGAGACAGAAAUUGUUCGAGAUAUGAAAGAAAAACUAUGUUAUCUCGCUUUGGAUUUUGAGAAUGAGAUGGCCACAUCAGUUAAUUCUUCAUCAAUAGAAAAGAGUUACGAACUACCAGACGGUUCUCUUAUUACUGUUGGUAACGAAAGAUUUAGAUGUCCCGAACUCUUAUUUCAACCUUCAUUUGCCGGUCGUGAAGAUUGCGGUAUCCACGAAAUGGUGAAUAACUCUAUUUCAAAUUGUGAUAUUGAUAUUAGAAGGGAUAUGUACAGUAAUGUUGUUAUGUCAGGCGGAUCAACAAUGUUUCCAGGUAUAGCAGAUAGAAUGAUGAAAGAACUGUCUUCCAUUGUUCCAAAUUCUAUCAAAGUUAAAAUUAUCGCUGCUCCAGAAAGGAAAUAUUCAGUAUGGAUUGGUGGAUCUAUCCUAGCAUCGCUCUCAACCUUCCAACAAAUGUGGAUUUCGAAACAGGAAUAUGACGAAUGUGGACCCGCUAUUGUCCACAGAAAAUGUUUCUAAAUGUUACAAGUUCUGGGUUACUGGAAAAUCAAAUCAGUAAAAACUACUUAUUUAUUACAUUGAUUUUCGAUGUGAUUGUCAAUUUCAAUUGCUAGAAAGAUUAAGAACAACUUACGCCACUAUCUGUGAUACGAAUCUGUGUAUUUCUAACGGAGAAUGUUGGAUUAAAGACAUUGAUGUUUUUCAUAUUAUGACGUCACAAUUCUAAGAUGGCUGUGAUGACGACGGUCCAUGUGGUACGCUUGUACUUGUUUGGUAAAAUUACUGAUAAUCAAUGUACAAUGUACUUCAUUUCACAAUAUGAUGCCAUGUAGUAAUCACCUACUAUCCCACGCUAUUAUAGAUUCGAUGGUAAAGUUCUUUAAUAUUUUUUUUAUUUUAAACAGGACGAAUCUCUUCUAUUUUUCUUUUUUGGUAAAGCAUGGUCUACAAUAUUCACACAGUGUUUGUUAAUUAUUAGUAUUAACGUUUUUAAAGAACAGAAUCUGUGAUCUAUUCAGUGAAAUAUAACGGAAUGAGUUCUUUGUGUAUAUAACAUUAAUAUAGAAAUAUAUAAAAUAGUAACCACAUACACGAGUAUUUACGAACAUGACAUGGUUUCAUAAUGUGUAUA